AAAUGUGUAGUGUAAGCAUUUAUUUUCUAAUAGAUCAAAUUGUCACUGUGUGCAACUAGUAAGAUCAAUCCAAGAAGAAGAUGAUUUCAGCAAUAUGGCUAAGUUGUUUAUUAGAUAUUUUGAGUUCUUGGACAAGAAAAAGUUGUGCGUAAUGGGCUUUUUAAAAGCCCAGUAAUAUUUUGGAGAUAUAUAUAUUUUUUACUCAAAAAGCUAUGUCAUUGCAAACUAUACACAAGUAGGUUUAUCAUAUGUGGUUGAUAACGUAAUGGCAGACGACGGUGGAAACGGAGACGGCGCCACCGCCGGUGACUGCUACGCUCAUCAUCAUCGCCGAGAUAUCAAACUAGCAGGAGAUUCAAGUGAAAAUUUAGACUCAAUCAGCUCUCUGCCUGAUGUGAUCCUCCAACAAAUCCUCUCCUAUCUUCCGACCAAAUUAUCCAUCAGAACUUCAGUCUUGUCCACAAGAUGGAGGCAUGUAUGGUACGAUACACCUUCCCUCUACUUUGAUGGACCAGGAACUUUUUAUAGGGGACUGAAGGCUGAUACGUUAAACAAAACCCUAGCUCGAUACAAGCUUCCCAAGAUUAUGAGUUUUCACCUCUAUACCAAUAUGUUGGACAAUGUUCCUUACAUUGACGGUUGGAUCGAGUUCGCAAUAUCCAGAAACUGACCAUUGUUGGUAGUUCUGUUGAUAAUGUACAGGUGGUGUGGUUGCAAUAGUAGAGCUAUGAGAGUUAG